ACACUUACCUUCUUCCAGCAGUGAGGGGAUGCACGCUGCAGCAUUUUGAUCUCCUUCAGAAUUGUUGCACCUAAAAAAAAAUCCUUUGGAGAUACUUUAAAUAAGGAGGAACUCCUAAUCAGAUAUAUUCAGCCUGUGUACUCUCUCAGCAUAGAGCUCAUAUGCUGACUGCUUAUCCCUGUGAUGCUUGUUAUGAGUUGUCCAUCUACAACCAAUGAGCCGGAGAGCUGCAGCAGCGAGGGAAGCAGCUGCACCACUUCGUCCAUCGCCACCUCUGACCCAUCCUCUAUGUCUGGACACAGUCACACCACUCAACCUUCCCUCAGUGACGCCCCUGAUAUCUCUAAGCAUGAAGCUCCCCCACCUCCACCUCUGCCACCCCCACCUCCGGGGGCACCCCCACCACCUCCCCCCUUGGUGACAACAUCCUCCAACCACAACGCGAGAAAGAAGCGCCGUGUCCGCAGCUUCUUCUGGAAGCCAAUACCGGAGGAGAAGGUACGCGGGAAGCCCAACAUCUGGACGCUGGCGGUGCGGCAGCAGCAGUACCAGAUCGAUGUUCGCUCUGUGGAGGAGCUGUUCGGGCAGCAGGAGGAGGCGCUGACAGGUGUACGUGGGGCCACGCCAGCUGCUGGAACCUCUGCUCGCAUCUCCAGGUCCCGCUCCUUCAAGGAGAGCAGCAAGGAUGAGAUCAGCAUCCUGGACUCCAAGAGGGGGAUGAAUGUGGGCAUUUUCCUGAAGCAGUUCAAGAAGUCGAACCGCUCCAUUGUUGAAGACAUACGGCGAGGAGAGGGAAAGAUUUAUGGAGCAGAGCUGCUCAAAGACCUGCUGAAGCUCCUGCCUGAUGUAGAGGAGAUCAAGAAACUUCAGUCGUUUAAAGGAGACCCAGACAAGCUGACGCUGGUCGAUUCCUUUAUGUACCUCUUAAUCCAGGUGCCUCGGUUCGAGGUUCGGAUCGAGGCCAUUGUCCUCCGCGAAGAGUUCUUUCCUUCCUGUGCUGUGAUGAGCCGAGAGAUCGAUGUCAUCCGCGUCGCCACAAAAGAGCUGAUGAACUGCGAGGAGCUUCAUGCCAUUCUGCAUCUGGUGCUGCAGGCCGGAAACAUCAUGAACGCUGGCGGCUACGCUGGCAACGCUGUGGGCUUUAAGCUGUCCUCCCUCCUCUCAUUGGCCGACACCAAGGCCAACAAGCCGGGGAUGAAUCUGCUGCAUUUUGUCGCCAUGGAGGCAAAGAAGAAAGACGAGAAGCUGCUCAAGUUUCCAGAGAAGCUUCAGGAUGUCCAGAGUGCAGCCAGAAUCUCAGUGGAAAACAUAGAGGUGGAGUUUUCCUCCUUAUAUGUUCGUAUUAAAUCCCUGGAGGAGAAAGUUCAAGGAGACCAGGAGCUACUGCAGCAGUUGGAGCCCUUUCUGCAGAGUUCGGCACGGACGCUCCAGGACCUGAAGAGACGCAGGCUGGAUCUGCGCAAAGAGGGGAACACUCUCAUUGACUUCUUUUGUGAAGACAAGGACACCUUUAAGCUGGACGAGUGCUUCCGCAUCUUUCAGGACUUCUGCAUCAAGUUCAAGAAAGCCGUCAAGGACAACUCAGACCGUGAGUUGAAGGAAGCAGCCAGACAGCGACGCCUGAGGGAGCUGGAGGAAAAGCGCUUCGCGUGGUCGGGUGCAGAUCAAAGCGGUGGAUUUGGUCGCAGCAGCAGCGAGAACGACGUGGAGAUGCUCACCAAGGAAGGCCUGCUGGACUUCUUCCAGCAGAGGUCUCAGAGUCCCCACAGCCCGCUGGGACGCUCCGCCAGCGCCCGCCGCCACCGUCACACCAUGACCUCCAUAGCAGAUCGAGAACUCAAAGGAUACCUGGAGCUAUUCGGAGGCACUGGAAAUCCCACUGACUAUUCCAAGUUCAACAGCCUACCUCGGUCGGGCCGUGGCAUGCAGAGGAGGACGACCCCCUGGAUCUUAGCCCAGGAUGACAACCGCGAGCUGGGCUGUGACAGACAGGUGACGUCUCCACGCGCAGAAACUGAGCCUAUCAGCCCACUGGCCAGGUUCUCCUCCUCUGGGCUGAAUGAUAACGACCCAUACAACAACAAUAAUUACUCAUCGGUGUCAGAGGGCAGCGCUCUGCCUCGCCCCUAUUUUGUCUUUCAGAAGUCCGCCCAUCUUCACAACCCAACAAUUACCGGCCACAUGAAUGUUAGUCUGGAGACGCACACUUUAGUUCGAGGACCUCAAGCUUUUGACCUACCAAGUCCAAACAAUAACAGCAGUCAUCUGCACUUUGUCAACCAGGGGGAUGUUGUGGUGACUGAUUUGGAAAAGGAGAGACAGUCACUUCCCUUAAAUCUGGACAUCCUCCGACAUGAUAAAGUUUUAGAAAGAGGAGCAGAUCCCAAGGCAGCCUGGGGAGGGAAAAUAGAUCCUCCCAUACAAGCCGGGGUCUCUCCUGAGAGAGAGAAAGAAGAAGAGGACAACAGCACAGUUUCGUCAACAACCUGUGAUACACCCCUCCCACUAGAUACAUCUGUGUCCAAUAAGAAACCAAUGUUUUAUAUUCUAGACUGCACAGAGGCGGACUGCUCUGUCACUUCAGAUUACUCUGAGGUUGAAAGCUCAUCUCUUACGAAAGAGGGACAUUUCAGAACGACGACUGACUGCGGGAGAUCUGAUCAGGAGAGCCAGCAAGAUCCAAGCUCUCUGUCCUCUAAUUUGGAGUCUCCUAAUGACCAGUCCAUUUCAACCAAUGAGCUUUCAGCGCCAAAAUCUGUGGACGCAUCAUCCAUGACCCCGUCUGCUGCCACAGAAGAGUGGGACACAGAGAGCUGUGACACGGCAGAGGGGAAACAAGGCGCGGAAAAAGAUGCACAGAGAAGCAGCAGAAAACCAGCGCAUACAAAGAGUAAACCUAACAAAGCGACUAAGGGCAGUGGAGGUCGCAAUGUGCGAACAUUAACCAGCAGCGAGACUCAGGGCAUGCGGAAAGUUGUGCCCAUUAGCAAGCUUACAAGGACAGGUAGCAACAAGAGAGCAGAUAAACCUUUUGGGCAAGACAACGGAGAGUCUCGGCGGCCUCUUCGGGACCAGAGCACCCCAGCGAGAGGAAGGAGCGAGAAAACCACAAGACCUCCUCGACACUCCAGCCUGCCUCCAGACGAGUCAAAAGCUCACAGGGGAAGCAGCCUCACAGGCGGCGUUUCCAGAUGGGCACGCGAUUCGACCCCAAGGAAAGGUUCCAUCCACAAGCCGAGCGCCAAACCCCUGAGGAACAUCCCUAAACCCGCACCUGAGGAGAAGAUGUGCCGCUCCACCAUGAGGGCCCUAGCACAGGCCCAAGCUCAGGCUCAGGGCGCGGCUUCCUCUGAGAACAGCAGCUGUCACACGCUCAACGUAAAAAACACCUCCGAUGUCCCCAGCUUUGCCCGCAACACAGUAGCUUCAACUUCUAGAACCAAGAAGGAGCUGGCCCCUCCGUCUGUCCCCUCCACCCCGUCUCGCAGCCCCUCGCUUCUAGCUCGGCAAACACCGGGGAGGCAGAACAGGUUGUCAUCUACAGUUAGUACCAGCGAGGAGCGGCCACAAGGGACAAACCUGCGACGGGUGCAGAGUGUGAAGGCAGCCAGUCGCAGCGCCUACCGCAGCGAGACUCCCCCACCACCUUCAACACGUGAAGAAAUCCGUAAGACUGGUAGCUUUUCCGAAAAGUCCGUCCAGUCUAGAGACUCGGUGACGCCCAACAGAGGCGGUAAACCAAGCUGGAAAUAAACAGACUGCAGAAAGAACAGAAGAAAGAGACUUUGGUGUAAAUUGAUAUUCGCUCUUCUUCCCCAUCUACAGUGCCGACUCGUAUCAUGCAAAAGACAGGAUUCUGAAAAAUGAUUUUAAGCUAUCUCACCAUGAGGUUCCUCCAGUAGCUGACUCUGUUUCAGGUUUAUGAAUUGCAAAGAGCAAGAUGCAAUGAACUGCUUCAUGAGUUCCUGUUUUGUUGUUUUCACAACUUCUCUUUUUUUUCUGAGGGGGGGGCAUUAACUAAACUGACAAAUGGCAAAUUGGUGUUUUUACCCAGGAGCCUCUUUGCCUGCUUCACCGUCUGUUUCCUGUAUAUGCUAGUGUCUGUGAUGCUGUUGAUGCUGAACACUACUGACUAUAUGAUGCUGCUAAUUAGCUCCGACAAUUUGAGACUGAGCUUCAGUGUCCGUUUCAUUCAGGGUUACAAGAUCUGUUGUACCUUAACUUGCUGCUGUUACAGUGUCUUCUACUGUAGUUUUGUUGCGUCCUCCAGUAGAGUAUCGCUCCUGUUUGCUUUUUGGUUCCUUUGCUUGAUACCUCAGAGAGAUCGCAGUGGCCUUGUACCAGCAGGAAAAGUAGAAUACGUUCAUUUGGCUCUGCAUGAUGAAGAUGUAGAUCUGAUAAAAUGGUUUAAACUGCAAUGUCACUUUUUUACAAAUCCCUGGUAUGAUAAUAUUACUACAAUAUAUAAAGUCACAGAUUAUAAGACAGUGUAGACCAACUGUGGUACUUGUUGUACCUUGUGUAUGUAUGUGUGUCAGUAGUUUGUAAAUGUGUUAGAACUCCUCCAUAAUCUCAUGGAGUAGACGUGCACGUAGGGAAUCGUUUCCUGUAUACUGUAGGCUAACACACAAUCUGAUGCUUUAAGAGAAAAGCAUUGAUGUCUGAAACUACACUGAAAUAGUCAUCAGUCACGUGAUUAUGUUGACAGUCUGGUCUAAUAUUUCUACUGUGAAUGUAGUCAUGUCAGAUGUUCUCUAGGCCUGCCUGCACCUUUUCUGACACGGUUAAAUCGCAACAAUAACUGGUCAUAAUUCAGCCUAGCUCCAGUUUGUUUUUGUAGCACCAUUACAUUUGAGUCACAGAGCUGAGCAUAUGAUUUUUCAAAUAUUAAAUAUGUCAUUUGUGGGGUUUUUCAUAGAAAAAUACAGUCUGCUGCACAAAAGAGUGGUGCAGGAAUGAGUCCUAAAACCUUGAAAUGAGUUAGCAUUUUAGCUCGCCUGGUUCCCUCAUCUCGAAGUCAGUCAUUUUUGAAUGGGUUUAUGGUGAGACACUUGAAAUAAGGUCUGUGAUUAACACAAGCUUAAGAGACUUUGACAUGUUGUCACGUGUCAAUGACAUAAAAUACGUCUGUACGGUUUUGGCAUCUCUGCUUUUCGCAGGUGAUGUGGUUCUGUUGGCUUAAUCACACCAUGACCUCCAGCAUGCACUGGGGCGAGUGUGAAGCGGUCAGGAAGAGAGUCAACAUCUCCAAUUCUGAGGGCAUGAUUCUCUGCCAGAAACCGGCAGAUUGCCCCCCUCAGGGUUGGGAGAGAGUUACUACCUCAAGCGAGGGAGUUCAAGUAUCUCGGGGUCUUGUUCAUGAGUAAGGGUAGAAUGGAACAGUUUGGUGCAGUGUCUGCAAUGAUGCGGAAACGUCGUGGUGAAGAGGGAGCUGAGCAGGAAAGCGGAGCUUUCAAUUUACUGGUCCAUCUACGUCCCAACACUCACCUAUGAUCAUGAGCUCUGGGUAGUGACCGAAAGAAUGAGAUCGCGGAUACAAGCAUCCAAAAUGAGUUUCCUCCGUGGGGUAGCUGGGCUCAGCCUUAGAGAUAGGGUGAGGAGCUCAGACAUCCGGAGGGAGCUCGAAGUAGCGCUGCUGCUCCUUUGCAUCGAAAGGGGUCGGUUGAGGUGUUUCGGGCAUCUGAUCAGGAUGCCUCCUGGGUGCCUCCCGCUGCAGGUGUUCCGGACACGUCCCACUGGUAGGAGGCCCCGGGGCAGACCCAUGCCACGCUGGAGGGAUUACAUGUCUCAUCUGGCUUGGGAACACCUUGUCCCACAGGAGGAGUUAGAAAGUCUUGCUGGGGAGAGGGACGUCUGGGGUGCUUUUCUUGCCUGCUGCCCCCGCCGCCCGGCCCUGGUUAAGCGGAUGAAGUAGACAUCUGUUAAUACCCCCACUCAUUAAUUUUGAAGCUUUUAUGUGUCUAAAAAGACAUUUGCUAACAAGUGGCUAAGUGAGACUAAAGAACAUCAUCACGCCGAAUGCAGCUUAACAGCCUCGUGGUGGUGGUGGUGGUGGUGACGAUGAAGUCACAUGACCAUAUCGAUUUCAUUUAUAACACGAUAUUUGCUUUGAACGUCUGACGACUGUUUUUUUGCUUAAAAAUGUGAAGAUUAUCUUGCAAAAAAAUCACAAAAAUCACUUCCUUAAAGUACCAUAACCGGUUGUUUGCCAAAGAUCUUAUUUGACGAGGGAACCAGGCGAAGUCAACUUCUGGCUGGGCCCAAAAAAAGGUCAUACCUGUAGCACUCUACAGUGAAGUCAAAGCAGUAUAUUUCCAAUAUAAAAAACAAUGUAACCCAUUUUUCAAGUUGCACAAUGUUUUAACAUGGUAGCUGGAAACGACUUGUGUCCCUGCUGAAUUUGUACAAAGUGAAAGUAAUUUUGAAACUUAAAUUUGUCCAUAUGUAUGUUACAUUGUAUUGUUUUAUAUUUUCAUACAAAAUAACUGGUUUAUACGUAUGUUGCUUGUGUCGUACAAAACUAGUAGCAACUACUAAAAUAAUUUCCUGCUACCUGGAUAGGAAAUGUAGUCACAACUUGGACAAUGGGUCAGAACAUCUUUUCUUUAUCAUGUACCAGAUUUAAGAGUCUGUCAAUACCUUUAAACACCUUUAGUGUUUAUAAUCAUCCUUCUUUUUAAGAUCACCGGUUAUUUAUUUAAAAAGCAAACAAAUGCGUAGCUCCGUAGCUCAAAUGCAAAGGUAAUACCAACGAGAGGCACAAACUGAAUUCUGCCCUGUCGACCAUUUCACACCACUUGCCUUUCAAACUGCAUUGUGCCAUUGUCUCGAUGGCAGCAACACACACCACAGUGCAUUGCCUUAAAGCUUAAUGUAGCCAAUCCAUCACCAGUAGAAACUCCUCGAUUGUAAAAGAAAAAAAAAAGGAGGGUAGAAACUUUUCCUACAUUCCAUCACACCAAGCUGAAACAGUGAUAGUGAUUCACUUUGUACAUAAUGUAAAGACAUAGUAUUUUUCUGACUAUCAAUAUGUUUACAUAGCAUAAAAAAGGAAGGGUAAAAGAGAGAAAUAUGUGACCGCACAGAUAUUUUAAAAUGCUCCAAGUAUCCGUAUCUUGUAUCAGAUGUUGAGAGCUCUGACCUACAGUGUAAUGUUGACAUGUGGUGGCUUCCUUCUUCCUCUUCUUGUAAUGCAAAUUAAGUUGAUGAACAUAAAAGGCCCAGUGUGUCAUGCCGCUGUGUGUGUGUGGCCUGCAUGUAGCCUAAACUUAGAACCCUGUUUGAAUAAGUAACAGAGGACUGUGACUACACAACAAUUAGCCUAAUUACAUUAUUGAUCAAUCUGACCAGUAUUUUCAUAGUUAAUCAUUGGGUCACAGUGAAAAUUACCUGUUGCAAAGUCAUCCUGAGGCCCAACUAGACAAAUUCAAAAUGCUUUUUUUGGUCCAAACCCAAAGAUAUUAACUUUACAUUUAUGGUAAAAAUGUGCUGCUUUUCUAAGCACAUUUGAGAAGUCGUAACUAGAGAAUUUCUUUUAUUAUUUUUGCAUGAAAUAAUCACUCACAUGAUUAAUGAUUGUAAAAAUGGUUGCUGAUCAUUUUACCGUGGACUUCUAAAUCGACUGAUCGCCUAAUUUAGCUCUGAAUUUGUUUUUACUUUCAAAAAAUAGUAAUGAGUACUCAUCUGGUAAUGCUAUAACUCAUGAAAUUUCACUGCCAUUCAGCCUAAAAUUAAGACUUUAAUUUGAGCAUGAAAAUUCACCUUUAUUACAGUAGUGACUGAGAGCUCUGGAAAAAGCAGAGUAGUAAGUGGACUUUGAGUUACUGAAGUAGCAAAACAAACUCAAGCUCUUUUAAAGUAUAUCUCACUUUAAACUUAAAAUCACAUAGAUUGUUGAAAAUAAUCCACUCUUUCAACAGUUUUUCAGCUUAUAAAGUAUCAACGAAAACUUCCAAACAAGAAAAAAAUGUGUCUUUAACAUAAAAAAAGUUGCCCUUAGAUGUUUAAUUGUGGAAUAAACUUUUGUUUAAUCACGUGAAUCAGGUUGUUUUAAAACAGACACAACUUAUUCUGCAUCAGCUGUAGAUGCUAUUCCUCCACCCUGGACACAAUUACAACAAUAAGUCUCACUCUCCUACACUCUGUCUGUACUCUGAGUCGUCCUUUGUGUAUCCCACAAUGCCCCCUGCUGCUACCUCUUUAACUGCACCAACCCCCUCCACCCCCACCAACCAACCCCACCCACCAGCCAGGCAUUACAAUGCUGCCCUUUACAUUUCAUCUGACUGACUGGCCUACAGCAGUAGAGCUGCUGAGGAAUUUGAAUACUUACUCGCCCUUUUCGCCACAACUUCCUUGUUAAGGGGUGGUUACCACAGCAACAGUCCAAACAUCAAUUACCAUUGCUUGCUAAAGGCCUGUAAACCUUAAGAAGGUCACUGCUGUCCACAAAUGUUUGUCACGUUAUGUGGUAUUGUUUCAUGUCACUCUGCCUAAAACCUGCUCACAGUAUGUGACUUUAUGUUUAGAAUAAAUCUUAUUUUGGGAUUUUUAAAUUUGCCGAAUUGCUGAUUGUCUAGUAUGAAUAUGUAUUCCCUCCAGUUAUCUUUCAACAAAUAAUUAAAUGUGUCUUAUUCUGGCAUUAAUUUACCCCCGAGGAUGUCUCUCGUACACUGGAAUGACUAGUGUGUUUAUUUUUUUUACUUUGUGAUGAGAAUCGUUGACGUGUCUGCUGUAGUUUUCACACCAGAGGCGAAUACAUGUAGCUGCUCUGCUGCUCAGCUUUGGUCUUCUACAAUCUGAACAAUGAAAAACAAAAGACUGAUCACUGCGAUCAUCUCCGAUCAGUAGACCACAGGGCUGCAAAUUGUGACAUUACUCUUCUGCAGUUUGUAUUUCUGAUGAUGACAUCUGAGAAAUAAAUAAAAUCACAUGUUGCUGUGUAAACUGACAACUUGGCCUUUGUUUUUCUUUGACUGGUUUUUCCUUCAUUAUAAUGGACGCUGCUCUGAUCCUGAACUUUGUUUGACUAUGUAAAAAUUUUUGGUUUUCUGCAGUGUUGAGCCCACAAUGUGGAAACAGACUGCUAAUUCAAAGCUUUGCAUUAAAGGUCUGUUGUGUAGGAUUUAGUGGCAUCUAGUGGCGGACGUUGCACAUUGCAUCCAACAGAAACUUGUAGGAGAACUUUACCGAUGCAAAAACACAAAUGGCCAUAUCUAGAGCCAGUGUUUGGUUUGUAUGUUCUGGGCUACUGUGAGAACAACUUGGCAGACUAUGUGGAGGAGGAACCGCUCAGUAUGUAGAUAUAAACAGCUCAUUGUAAGUUAACAAAAACAUGAUUG